ACGUAGCAGAGAGCACAUGCCGGGGCCGGCGGAUCGUCGGUUGCUUCUGCCCCAAUGCUGCUGCUGCUUCUUCUGCAAGAUCGCGCAGUGCUAGAAGCUUGAAGCUGAGUGAGCUCUGAGAUGGGCAAGGCGGGUAGGUGGCUCCGAAGCUUCCUGCCGGGCAAGAAGGAUCACAAGGCCGGGAAGGACGCCAAGCCCGGCACCGGGCCCGAGGAGACGCCCAAGUGGACGCCGGCGUCGCUGUCGGUGACCCCGGCCUCCACGCCGGGGGCCAGGGAGAAGAGGAGGUGGAGCUUCCGGAGGCCUCCGGCGGCAGCCGGGAAGGACGUCGCCACGGGCCAGCUCGCGUUCUUGGAGGCGCGGGCGGACCCGGACCAGCACGCCAUCGCGGUGGCCAUCGCUACCGCAGCCGCGGCCGAGGCGGCCGUGGCGGCCAAGCAGGCCGCCGCCGCCGUCGUCCGGUACGCCGCGUCCGCGCCGGGGUCCAAGUCGAAGCGGACCGUCGUCGGCAUUGAGGAGGCCGCGGCGAUCAAGAUUCAGUCCGUCUUCAGAUCGUACCUGGCGAGGAAGGCACUGUGCGCGCUCAGGGGGCUGGUGAAGCUGCAGGCCCUGGUGCGCGGCCACUUGGUCAGGAGGCAGGCCAGCAACACCCUGCGAUGCAUGCAGGCGCUCGUCGCCGCCCAGAACAGGGCGCGCACGGCGCGCCUUCGCCUCCUCGACGACGAGAAGCCCAUCCGCACGCCACGGAUGACGCCCACACGCCGCUCGCCGCACCAUCCCCGCCUCCGGCAGCAUCAGGAAUUGGAGGAGAACAUCAAGAUCGUGGAGGUGGACACGACCGGGGUCGGGGCGAGCGACGUCCACUGCACGCCGAGGACGUCCCGGCGCAGCAGCUGCUACGCCACGCCGCUCUGCCGCACGCCCUCCAAGGCCGACCUGUACCACCAGAAGAUAUCGCCCACGCCGUCGGCGCUCACGGACGCGAGCGGGCGGUCGUGCAGCGGCCGGUACGAUGACUUCUCCUUCGGCACCGCGCGGACCAGCCCCUACCAUUAUUACGCGUCCGACGCGUCGUGCAGGCAGCCGGAGCAGCAGAGCGUCGGCACCACGGGCGCCGACCACCCGCUCCUGUUCCCCAGCUACAUGGCCAACACGCAGUCGUCGCGCGCCAAGGCACGGUCGCAGAGCGCGCCCAGGCAGCGCGCGUCGGUGUCGUCCGCGCCCGAGGCGCCGCCGUCGUCGUGGGAGAGGCAGCACAGCGGCGUAGGGCGGCGCAGGGCGUCGCUGGAGGGCCCGGCGCAGCGCGGGAUGGCGUCGCCCAAGGUCGGGGCCGUGCGCGUCCAGCGCUGCCAGUCGCAGGCCAGCGCGCCCGCCGCGGCGUGCCCGUGGGGCGUCAGGCUCGACAUGUCCAGCGCCUCCCUCCACGACAGCGAGUGCGGGUCAACGAGCACCAUGAGAACCGCGGCCACCAGCGUGUACUGCUGGUCCGCCGCCGCCACCAACAGCACCGGCGUCGCGUGA